AUGUCAAGUUCAGGAUUAGCGGGUCCGUUUGGUCCGCCCUAUCCGGUAACAGGGGCGUGGUUUAAGGAUCGUUACAGUUACGAGGAAUGGAAUCAAACAUUGCACCAGUUUUCCCUUCAGGGUGGGGACUCUGUAAUCCUGCGAGCGCCACCUGUACAGCUGACGACCAGGCAGGAACUUGUGGAUAAUCCCAAUUUUAAGUGGUGCGUCAAACGUCAUGAAAACGGGAGCAGCAGCCACUGUGUUGAUGACGCCUUCAGAGAACUCUCAGACCUUGACGUCAACGUGGUUACACUAUUAACGUACCAGUAUGAAGAACGCUUCGAAGCAGCGUCCAUGUUAGCUUGUGAGCAAUACGAUAAAAUGAUCGUUGCUGACAGGAUAUACAUGCGAUUGGUUCUACCUCAUAACAAAACAAACAAGUGUGACUACAGGAACACGAACGUCACCGUCCUCUUUACUUCCUUCGCAGGGACAGAUCCGCACGAACUACUUCUUGACGCGGCGCAUGAAUACAAAAUGGCGGUGUAUUUCGGUGUUCCAGGUUUGCCAUCGUCUGCUAUGAAAACCCAAAAACUUUCAAGUCAACCCAUUUUCACAUCUUAUAGUCUGUUUCUUGAACGUGUUUUAGAAUCACACAGUGUCAAAUACAGUAAUAGGUCUUUACUGAAGGGCUACUUUUUGUCGGACGAUUUCAAUAUGCCAAUGCCAUCAAAAGGCGCACACUUCGACAUUCUUAAAUAUACCUACCAGACAGUUAAAAAGCAUAACAAACAAUUUGGUGUAGAUAAUGUAGUCAACACGAACAAACUACUCGGCGGUAACCAACUUGGUGACAUCAUCAACUCAUUCAGGGCUAUUGCGACACAAAGUGACGUCAUUUCUGUCAGAGACGGCCGGGGAUCAGGAUUAACGGCUUUAUUUUGGGAGACACAGAGAUCUCGGGACAUCCAGUCCGUAGACCCCACCCUGUUUAACAUACUGCAAAAUAAGAUUCCAUCUCUGAUUACAAACGCAACGACAUUUCAAGAUGUCUAUAACAACAGUACAAGUGAGGUAUUCGAUGCUCUUGCCAAGGAAAGGGAUGACAUUUCAAAGACUAGCAACUCUUCAUUUGUCCUCUGGUUGAAUAUUGAAGCAUAUGAUGAGCUGCACUCCGAUGACCUAUGUCUUCCGGUGGACAGGGCGGGGUCCGGGGUAGGCCGAAUGUUAAACAAGAUCACAAAACCACGUGUUGAUCACGUGUUGACACACGCUGGAACCGCCGUUCAGAAAAUCGUGUCUUUGGCCUGGGACCCUAGUUUUACCUGCACUACAAAGGAUCACCCAUACCCCUUACGAAGCCAGAUUGUGUCAGAUAUGGGCAGGCCUAUUAUCUCACGAUGCUUCUUUCACAGCAGUUUCAACCGAUCUGUUGUCGUCAUUGGUUACAACCUUGAAGGGGAAACACAAGGCUUUACAGUUGAUUGGCCUAACGUCAACGGGCAUCGAGUAAAGAAUGACCGAGUGUAUGGCUAUUAUUUCGAGUUGGAUUGGGGACGCCAACAUGGACGGAUAGAAUCUUUAGAAUACGUGCAGAUGUAUGAUCCUUAUGACGUCAUCAGUCUCGCGCCAAAGGGUUACGUCAACAUAAAGGCUAAUAACAGUUACAAUGGCUGCUCUUUCGUGUAUGACUUUACAAAUAAAUCCGAUGAAUCACUCAAGAAUGAUUCCAGAAAGCUUAGGAAGAAUUUCGUUCGCGAGAAGCAAAAACCUGUUCGUAGAGUGGAGGCUCAGGACACGCCCUUCACCAGUAAUUAGCUGCCUGUGGGUUCGAUGCCUCGGUGAUUGCUUUUUGUGUUAUUGGUUUGGCAAUACAGGGUCAAGGGUGACUCUCCAUUGAUAACCAAGAUGAUAACACUUUAAGGAA